AUGCGCGAUGCUCUGCUUUUUCUGAAUCUCGAAACGCCCAUGCACCAGUGGCGAUUGCUCUCGGCAACGACAAGAAUAUGGAGAAAAGGCAAUAUUCGUACACUCAAAGAUCCUUCGAGAUGCAUCUUAACCUCGACAUUCGACCCGACCAUUCGUGACUUCACCAAAGCGCUGACGAAGCAACAGCCAACUUUCCAAGUUCCACCUGGGUCUAUACGCAUUUUGACGGAACCCCCUGAGUUCUACAAGAUGUUGCUGGACAUGAUCAACCAAGCAGAGCAGCGCAUUUUUCUCUCUUCGUUGUACGUUGGCGCGGAGGAGCAAGAGCUGAUAGACUCUCUGGCGUGUCGACUUCGUGACAAGCCGUCUUUGCAGCUAAAUCUUGUCUUGGACUUGAAUCGUUCCACGCGUCCCGGGCCGGACUCAACAGCGAAGAUUCUUCUGCCUCUCCUGCAUGAGUUUCCGUCGCGGGUUCAUAUAUCAAUGUUCCGCAGCCCAAGUCUACGUGGAAUUCUCGCUAAGAUUGUACCACCACGGUUCAACGAAGGCUGGGGCACCUGGCAUGCCAAAAUUUAUGGUUCCGACGACAGCGUUAUGAUCAGUGGGGCAAAUUUAAAUAAAUCCUACUUCACCAAUCGUCAGGAUCGCUAUGUUCACGUUGCCGACGACAAAGCCCUCGCGCAAUACUGUUUUGACUAUAUGCAGACCGCCGCAAAAUUUUCAUAUCAACUAUUACCCGCCCAUAGCGUUCGUCUGGCCGCCAAUUCCAACAAUAGAUAUUCUUACACCUACGAAGAUUAUACCCUUCACUGGCCUGAUCCUGAUACCCAUCCCCAUCAUUUCAAUCUCGUGGCCGAGACCGAGUUCUCUACGCUUCAGAGAUUAUACCGUGAAAAGGCGACACUCCAUCCCGUAACUCGUAUAACACCACAGGGUCGGAACGUCCUUCUCUUUGCCAUUAUUCAGGCCGGCCAGUUCAAUAUACGGGAGGAAGAGUCUGUGUUUAGACUGCUGUUCCGUCACCUCACCCGAACCGUCACGUCAAUGCGCCCACUGCUGGAUCUGACCAGCGGAUAUUUCAGCCUGUACGCACCGUAUCAGAAAUUAAUACUCGACGCUGCCAAUGUUGACUGUCGGAUUGUGGCAGCCGGACCCAAGGCGAACGGAUUUUACGGCUCGAAGGGAAUAUCUGGCAGAAUUCCGGAAGGUUACACCUUGUAUGAGCAGCGGUUCAUGAGAGCUGUCUCCAAGGCAAAACGUUUAUGGCAUGGAGAAUCGCGAGGCGGAGAAGGAAGAGGCGUGCUGUUGGGCGAGUGGGAAAAGCCAGGAUGGACGUAUCAUGCGAAAGGAAUAUGGCUGUCUCCGAACGCGACAUCACCGCCAGUCUUAACCCUGUUUGGCUCCACAAAUCUGAAUGCGCGGUCCGCACACAUUGACACGGAGCUCUCAUUCCUUAUGGUCGUUCCAUCGGAAGGACUGACGGUUUCUGCCGCUGAAGAACGCACUAAGGAUAUCCCUUCCUUUCCUGACGCGCCGCAGGACCAGCAGCUGUUGUCAUUACGCCAGGAGCUCGCUCGGGAGAUCGACGGUAUUCGGUCUAACGCGGGUGAAUGGAAAGGCGGCCAUCGGAAGGUCCGUUGGACCACAAGACUUAUCGUCUGGCUAGUUAAAGGGAUGCUCUGA